AUAAUCUACCCCGAAAGGACUUUCCUCAUGUUGAUGAAUUUAUUGUUCAAAUUAUUAUACUUCUCCAAAAAACAACAACAAUGAAACAAUCAUAGACCUGACCUUGUACAUAAAAAGUAUCAUUUGUAGUCCUAAAUGGAGGACGAUCAAGACAACGACAAAGGCGCCCACACACAGACCAACCCACCAUCCACUCUAACCUCGCUGUUCCCAGAUCAGACGCAUGGACCCCAGAAACUGAAGAAAACGUCUGAAAAUAAAUCGACUCGGAUACCCAAAGAAACACAGAAGAAGCACGAAUUCAAAUUGGGUUGCGUUGGUGGGGGUAAUGGCGGAGGUGAUUGUAAAGGUGGUAGUGAAGGUGGUGGGGAAAGUGAUAGUGGGGGUGAUGGUUGUGGUGAUGGUGCGGGUGAUGGUGCGGGUGAUGGUAGUGGUAAUGGUAGGGAUGAUGGUAGAGGUCAUGGUGGAGGUGAUGGUUGUGGUGAUGGUGGUCGUAGUGCAGGUACGAGCAGUGAUGCGACAGGUCUGUCUACGUGUCAGGAAACAAUGCGAGGUCUGAGCACGGCCAUGCAGGACCUGAACGAGGCGGCCUUGACUAUCCGACAGGCACGCCAGAUGCUCUCCUCGUUUGGCCUGUGCCGACAGAUAAACAACAACAACCCAGGCUCUGGGGACGGAGAGGGAAGCAGUGGUAAUGACGACACACAACGACCUGAGACACUCGAAAAUGACGGAAAUUCAAGCCCGGGACAAGAGCAUCUCCCCCCGACGGGUGCUGACGAGGUACAAGGAGAUGCUGCUACCACCAACACUGACACAACCCUUGGAAGUUUUCCGCCUCCGAUUUUAGUGAGAAGUGCGGAAAAGAGCUCGAGAAAGGCGUCACCACACGAGAAUCUACAGCGUGUGAAAGUUACCAGGCAGGUGAGUUUUUCAAACUCUCCGACUUCCACAUGUGAGACGUCCAGGAAAGAACCCCAAAGCUGCGUCAGUACGGCUGUGACGCCCACAGACCACGGCACGUCACCCUCACGGUCUGAAAGAGCUAAGCAACCAAACCAGACGUCAGCAACACAACCUGGACACCGGACUACUCCAAACCCCGCCAUGGCCUGGUCAAGUCACAUGACCAAUCAGGCCCGUGCAGCUUGGCGUGUACAGAACACAUCCUUGUGGGAACCUCUGGGAAAACUGAUGACAUCAGACCCAUCACAGAAGACAGCCUCAGAACCUGUUCCGUGUGAGACUUACACAUUGGGCUGUGACGUGGUUGGACAAGAAGGACAGCCCGUCUCUGUGGAAAUGCCUGAGCAGAAUUACGUUCUAGAAAAAGAAGACACACAACGUGAUACAAGUUCUUUGUUUGAUCAGAAUGAAGAAAGUAUAACGGCUAACGAGACAAGAUUGGGAAACAGAGCAGGGAAGCCAAAGAGUAUCGUAACUGUCGAUCAGUUGAGGACUGCGCUUCAAACAGCUGUCGAGAAGUUACGGAAGGCCGGGCAGUGGGGGGAAGAUCUCACGUCCCCCAUCGGUCUCCGGGGCGAGGUCUCGCGCAGUCGAGCAGUGACUGACUUUGGCUCAGGGGACGACCACACGCUGAAGGGUCUCUCUUUACACGAGGGGAUCCCACAGCACUUUGACGUCGAUAUAACCAACAACAAGUUUGAUGCCACGUCAGGGGAUCGAGCUGUGAAUUCUUUAACAGACGUUGCGAGAGAAGUCAAAGAGGCGUCACUCUCUCCACGCGAUAAAGAUACUUCCGAGGCGAAAUCAGAAACCGUACUGAUCAGAUACCGUGUAGGGGACGUCACUGCAGUAAACGUAGACGGGAACAUGGGGAGACAAUCCCCACCUGGGGCAGAAAUAACCUUCAGUCCACAUCCGGGUCACAUGAGUUGCCUCGACUCCAUGUCGCCUCCAACGACGCCCCAGGAAGGUGGUAUAGGACGGACUGUGGACUCGCGGGCCCUGGGAGGGCGGGAAAACCCGAACUCAACACAUCAAGGAGCAAACUCGAGGUCGGCUGUGGAAAUGAUAGCGAAGGAAGAGACACAGGAGAAGGUGCAUCACGUGCAAGCGGCGACUGGCUCUUCUUUAGCAGAGUGUCAGGAACAAACAGACAGUCCAGUUGUGCGAGAUGCGGGCAAUUUGUUAGAUCGUAGUACGGUUCACUCUACUGUUCUAUCGGAAACUGAUAGAGGAAUGUUUAAGACCACUGAAUUAUGUCACAGCACAAUAAAAGACCGCGUAGUGACACCAGUUGACGAAUACGCAAGAAAUGGAAAUAUGACAACUGGUGACCUUCACAUUGUAGAUGUAUCAACGCCUGAAUGUUCAAAUCUCCCUUAUGUACGGAGGGCAAAGGGUGCUGUAGAAAAGAUUCUAUGUCAUUCUCAUUCUGAAUACGCACCUAUUAGAGGUGGCUGCCGUAAAUGUGUUCCAGAAGCCUUGAUGUAUGGAGAAACAAAAGACUCGGGUUUGGAGAGUCGGUCGUCACUAGAAGUCAUAAAUUUAGAAAGCGAUACUGAACUUGUCGCGGACGAAGUGUUUGAAGACACAGCCGGGACAUUGUCUGCCUCCUCUGACACAUGUGCCCGGAACUCGGUCACAAUGACGUCAGGCUCCGGGGAUCCGUCUCUCACGUCUGGUGGCGCGGUUGUUGACCUCGGCCGACCGGCCUCAGAGCCACGCCCCGCGUCAACAUUACGCCUCGCCGUGCGUCAUCGCAGCGUCUCGGCCAGCACGCUGAGCGACAGAGCCAGGGCCAGCUACCUUAUAGAGAAGUUGUCGCGCCUCCAGCGGGAGACAGUGCCGGUUGACGGGGUGUGUCGCUCGGGGCGGCAGACGUCAGCGCUCAGGGCCAGUCGCCGGAAAUCUCUGCUGGCCUCCAACAUGUCUCUGAGGCCGCCGCCGCCCACCCCUGCCCUGUCGGAGCAGGCUCUGUCCAUUGUUCUGGAAGCAAGGCGCGGCUCCAUAUCACUGCUACGUUCUACUGUAACUGAUGGGACCCACAAGGACGUCGAUGAGAAGGCCAAGACUGGGCGUAUCAGAGAUCGGACAUCCCAUAAGGCUGGACCAGGUCGUGGGUCAGAAGUAAGUCUAGAGGCAGGAGAACCCAGACACCCCGUCACCCCUCCUCUAACGACACGAGCAGUCAAAUCUUCACAAGAAGAGGAGGUCCCGAGCCAAGCAGCCGUGGAUGGAGAGAAGGAGAAACCGGUGACGGAGGGCUUCCGUGAGCGCUUACGUCGUGUCUUCCGGAGGUGUAUACCUUCGUGGAGAUAGAAGCACUGCUGGACGAAACGAUGGAAUGACAUUAGAACUGUCAGCAUCACUACCACCAUCACCACCAUUACUUUCAGCACCAGUACCACCGUCUAGGUCAAAUCAGUUCCUAACAUGGAGUUCAAGUAUACUAUAACCACUAAAUGCACAUUGAUGCGAAUCUACCUAAUUAUUGUUUAUAGGAUUUCUUCUUUCCUCUCUAUCUAGUGGAGAUACCUGUGACUUUGAUAUUGUAAUUUACUUGUUUGUGAGAGUGUUACACACUAAUUUUACAGCCACGUUUCCACUCAUAAUUUCCAAAUGGGUAAUAAAUGACCAGUUUGGAA